UUCCCAGGUCUCAGCCUCCAGCACAGUACCGUCUGCCAGUGGUCUGCACUUGGAGGGUCCUGCCACCAGUACAAAGCGCCACUGCCUCCACCGCCUGACCAUGGCUGAGGAUCUGGUCUUGGAGAGAUGUGACCUGGAGCUGGAGGCCAAUAGCCGUGACCACCACACGGCAGACAUGUUCCAGAAGGGGCUGGUGGUGCGGCGGGGCCAGCCCUUUCGGAUAACACUGUACUUUGAGGGCAGAAACUAUGAGGCCAGUGUGGACAGACUCACCUUCACUGUCGUGACUGGCCCAGCCCCCAGCAAGGACAUGGGGACCAAGGUUCGCUUCCCACUGUCCGAUAGUGUGGAGGAGGGUGCCUGGACAGCCUCGGUGGUAGACCAGCAGGACAGCACCCUCUCGCUGCAGCUCACCUCCCCGGCCCACGCCCCCAUUGGCUUGUACCGCCUCAGCCUGGAGGCCUCCAUGGGUGACCAGGGCUCCAGCUUCCUGCUGGGCCACUUCAUCCUGCUCUUCAAUACCUGGUGCCCAGAGGACGCUGUGUACCUGGAAUCAGAGGAGGAGCGGCAGGAGUACGUCCUCUCCCAGCAGGGCUUCAUCUACCAGGGUUCGGCCAAGUUCAUCAAGAGUAUACCCUGGAACUUUGGGCAGUUUGAAGGUGAUAUUCUGGACAUCUGCCUGAUGCUCCUGAAUGUCAACCCCAAGUUCCAAGAGAACAGCGGCCGUGACUGCUGCCGCCGCAGCAGCCCCAUCUAUGUGUGCCGGGUGGUGAGCGCCAUGGUCAACUGCAAUGAUGACCAGGGCGUGUUGGUGGGACGCUGGGACGAAAAGUACAUGGAUGGCAUCAGCCCCAUGUUCUGGAUCGGCAGUGUGGACAUCCUGAGGCGCUGGAAGAACUACGGCCUCCAGAAGGUCAAGUAUGGCCAGUGCUGGGUCUUCGCUGCCGUGGCCUGCACAGUGCUGCGGUGCUUGGGCAUCCCCACCCGAGUCGUGACCAACUUCAACUCGGCCCACGACCAGAACAGCAACCUGGUCAUCGAGUACUUCCGCAACGAGUACGGAGAGCUGGAGAAAAACAAGAGCGAAAUGAUCUGGAACUUCCACUGCUGGGUGGAGUCCUGGAUGACCAGGCCGGACCUGCAGCCAGGCUAUGACGGAUGGCAGGCCCUGGACCCCACGCCCCAGGAGAAGAGUGAAGGGAUAUACUGCUGUGGCCCAGUUCCGGUCCGUGCCAUCAAGGAGGGCGACCUGAGCGUCAAGUACGACGCACCCUUUGUCUUUGCCGAGGUCAACGCGGACGUGGUGGACUGGAUCCGGCAGGAGGAUGGGACCAUGCACAAGUCCAUCAACCAGCAGAUCGUGGGCCUGAAGAUCAGCACGAAGAGAGUGGGCCGUGACGAUCGGGAGGACAUCACCCACACCUACAAGUACCCUGAGGGGUCCGUGGAGGAGAGGGAAGCCUUCCAGAGGGCCAACCACCUGAACAAGCUGAGCGCUAAAGAGGAGACGGGGGUGGCCAUGCGGAUCCGUGUGGCCCAGAGCAUGAAACUGGGCAGCGACUUCGAUGUCUUCGCCUACAUCACCAAUAACACCGAAGAGGACCUCCUGUGCCGCCUCAUCCUCUGCGCGCGCACCGUCAGCUACAACGGCGUCCUGGGGCCCGUGUGCAGCUCCGACGACAUAAUGGAUCUUCCCCUGGAGCCCAACUCCGAGAAGAGCAUCUCCCUUCCAAUCCUCUAUGAGAAGUACUGUGACCACCUGACAGAGUCGAACCUCAUCAAGGUGCGAGGCCUCCUCGUCCAGCAAACUGACAACAAAUACCUGCUGGCCGAGAGGGACAUCUAUCUGGAGAACCCGGACAUCAAGAUCCGGAUCCUGGGAGAGCCCAAGCAGUACCGCAACCUGGUGGCUGAGGUGUCCCUGCAGAACCCACUCAUCGUGCCCCUGGAAGGCUGCGUCUUCACUGUGGAGGGAGCUGGCCUGGCUGACCAGCAGAUAACCGUGGAGCUCCCAGACCCCGUGGAGGCCGGGAAGGAGGCCAAAGUCAGGGUGAACCUGCUGCCCCGCCACGUGGGCCGCCACAAGCUGGUGGUCAACUUCCAGAGCAACAAGCUAAAGGCUGUGAAGGGCUACCGGAACGUCAUCAUUGGCUCCCCCUAAGGGGCUCCCUUGCCCAGCCCCACCUCAGCCAGCUGAGAGCCCUCAACUGGACCCACUCUUUAUCCCAAGCUAGUGAGGAAAAUUUGCCCCUCCUUGGACCCUAGACCCAUCUUGCCCCCUGAGCCUGGUUUCCCACCCCCCUACCUGUGAACAACAUUCUGCACCUCCACAGUGGGGGCCCUGACCGUAGUUCACUGGGCUUGGGAUGGAGGAGAAGGGACCCACACCUCCCCCUCCAGCCCGGAUGCCAUUUGGAAAGCAACCAAUCACCACCUGCCAUGUUGUUUGCUCUAGUCCAUAGCCCCUUGGAGCAAAAAAAAAAGCAGAGUGCCCUUUGGCCAGAUCGAGAAACUCAACACCCUGGUGUGUCCUGUACCCCUUCCCCAGACUGUGCUCUGGCCCCAGGGGCCAGCACAGGUGGGGAUGGGGAGGGUCCCAGGGAUGAGCAGGCUUCAGCUUCUCCCACGGUCCCUUACCCUCCUCACCGUUGUAAAGCACCUACGAUGGGCAGGGUGCAUCCUGUAUUGCUGGUACCCACACAGCCACCAACCCUUUUCAUCCAUCACCAGGGGAAGCUGCAGGGUGGGAGCUGCUUUCUCAAUGAGGAGACUGAGCCUCAGAGAAAGGAGGUGGCCCGCCCUGCCCAGGUGGGCUUGCGGAUAUUUGAAAGGCUGGGUCACAUGAAGGCGUGGGAAUGGAGCACAGGCCUUCUGACUCCGAGUCCAGUGCCCUGCUCCCAACACCAGCCCUGACCUGAGAACGUCCUCAAGGCCCUUUGGGGCCUGAUCAAAAAAAUGGGGUGAGGAAGUGGGAAAAGACUGGAAAGGGUCAGAGCCCCAAGUCUGGCCAGCCAGCGUCCUCUCCUCUCUGGGCUUUGGUGUCCUGGCUGGUCAGUGCAGUGGCUGAACCAGCUCAUCUCCAAAGGCCUCUCAGCUCUGCACACCUGAUGCCUUGUAGGAUCCAGCCUUGCAAAUGACAACAAGUCCUGCUCCCCGGUCUCACAGAGACUUAGACCUCAUGCCCAGGAUGUUUCUAAGAGUGAAACCAGGACCAGGACCACUGUUCUGCCCCCAGCCCUAACCAGGUCCCACACCUUCCUUCAGACCCCAGUUCCAGGGGCAAAGAGCCCCGGAGGCCCCCGUCCUACCCAGGAGCCUCCCCACCGCAAUGCCUAGAUUUCACAAGGGCCUUCGCUGCCUGUGCCGAUCACUCACCAGCAAGGCCAGCCCCUCAGCCACCCCCUCUUCGCAGGACCAGGCCCUGGAUAACAGCUCAGGGAGCCUGUGAGUUGUCAUCUCUAACUUAAUCGCCCACAGUCUCCACAUGACCGGGCCUCCCUCAGCCUGGAUGAGGGAGAGAGGCAUUCUCUAUCUGCAGAGGGGUCACAGCCUCCAGGGCCCCCCCAAAUGCAGAGAGGGCCUUGGGGAAAAUCACGCUGAUGCAUUUAGAACUUGCUGCUUUGCACAGGGAAGAAUCACAAAAUGAGCCAACAAACAUACAUUCUAUAUAAAUAUUGCUCUGUGUGUCUAUGAUUUAUAAAUGCUUUUGGGUUCCACGCGGAUAGUAGCUAGCCUUUUGAGCCACAGGGAGCGAACACUGAAAUAAAGAGUUUAUUUUUCACAUUCAAACAA